ACCUUUUAGGCCUUUGGGGCUUUCCGUAGCUCGGAGACUCGGCGCGCAGCUUCGCGCGGGGCACGUCGAUCGCUUUGUAACCUCCCCGUCCCCCGGGGGCAGUUUGUUGUGUCUACGUGCCGCGGACUCGUCCACAACAUGGCCCUCAACUAUCAGACGUCGACCCUUUCGAUGACUCUGCCGAUCUCGUGCCAGAUAUGUCUCGGGAAGGUCCGACAGCCGGUCAUCUGUGCCAACCACCACGUGUUCUGCUCCUCCUGCAUGGAGAUGUGGCUGAAGAAGGCGAGUCAGUGUCCGUCCUGCAGAGUCCCCAUCACAUCAGAGAGCCCCUGCAGGGAAAUCAUCGGAGGCACCAACGAGAGUGAUCACAGUGACAGCCCCUCCACGAGGAAGUGUCUCAGGAAAACCAGAGGAGAACUGCUUUUACGGGAGUACGAGGGAGAAGUUGACGGGCUCAUCCGAGAAAACGGCGAGCUGAAAGCGAAAAAUCAAAGUCUGGAGGCGCAACUGAAGACGGCUCUGGACCCCUGCAGCAUCAGCGCGGUGCCAACGGGCGACAAGAGCGUCGACCCCGGUGUCCUGGAGGAGUGGACCAACAGGCUGCGAGCGGCCACAGACGUCCGCGACAAGGUCAAGCAGGACAUGGACAAGCUGAAGGAGGCAAACAAGGCAUUGCGAUCUCAAAAUGUCGACCUUGUACAAGAGAACAUGAGACUGAAAGCAGAGGUGGCGACCAGAUCUCCCCAGAAGUUCGGUCGUUACACGGUGGCGGCGCUCGAAGCCAAAAUCCAGCAGUACGAGCGCGACGUGGACCACCUGAAGAGGGCGCUGGAGCGCAGCGACCAGUACAUUGAAGACCUGGAGUCUCGGGUCAGGAAGUCCGAGACGAGGGGCGCCGAGGUGCCGGAAGCAUGCGCGAGCAGCGCGGCUGGGUCAGACGCCCUCACGCAGCAGCAGAAAAUCAACAUGAUGAUGAGAAGCUUGAGCGACAACGAGCGGGCGUUGAUCUGCAGCAAUCCGGAGACGGAGAGUCGAACAAUAUCCAGAAAUCACAGUUUGUCGUUCGUGCCGUCUGCGGAUCACAAAGAGUCGAAUAAGAAUGUGACCGCAGAGAAGACGAGCGAGGACCUGGACAGCAGCUCGUCGUCCGACCUUCUGCCCGCAACCCCCUCCUCUGCUUUCCGCUCCCUGACUUUGAAAAGCCCCGGCAUCCGCGAAAAGAGAGUCGCCUUCAAACCCGCGUCGUAUCUGAGGAGGCUCGAUUUUGAAGAUUUUCCUGGUUUCGGCAAGAGCAACGGCACCACGGAGAACCAGUUCACGGGCAUUGACAAAUUCCCCAAAGGCCUGUCGCCGAGCACCGACAUGGAAGCCUCAAAGUCCGUCUUCUGGGGCGACUGGCAGAGAUCUAACUCUACCGACGAAACAUGUCCCAGUCCAAGUAAAGAAAGCUCAGUUGAUGAAUCCACUUCCACUGUUCUCGUAGGCGCUGAGCCUGACGGUUUCCUGACGCCCAGCGAGGCCUCCAUGGACGCCGCGUACCUGGACAAAAUCUCCGAGCUGGACUCCAUGAUGCUGGACGGAGAGAGCUCCAGCAGCCGAGGAUCCCAGCUGUCCCUGGCCUCCUCCACGGCCACAGACUUGGACAACACUCUGGUCCCGGCGCCGCAAACCUGCCCCCGGGUUUUGUCAAGCCACGGUGGCGACGACGACGACGACGACCAGAGGAGCCACUCGCCGUGCGGUGACGCUGACGGCACUGGGAACGAAAAAGCGGCUGCAAAGGCCCCAGCGGAAGAAGGUUUCGCAGCACUGCCGUCGUGUGAAGAGAACCGGGCCCGCGUUUCCGACUGCGCCGAUGACGGAGAGCUGUCCCAGACCGAAGAGCUGUCUUUCGACUUGCUGUUCGACGCGCUGGAAGACGACAAGGCCGCCGCCUCCGGCUCUAUCAGUCCGGCGGGCAGAGACGACGAUCACGCCAACCGGUCCUUCUCCAGCUGCAACGGGAAACCUGUGAACGCAACGAGGGACAGACACGCGCUCGUCAUCAGCCAGCCGACGAAGAGGAAGUCCCACAGUCCCUUCAGCACCAGCAGCCCCACGAAACUUUCAAAGCUCAUGUGAAGGUUUUUGACUGAGCGAACACGUCUGAACCUCUGUGGCGUCGGGCUUCACACGUCUACACACGGCUGGCGACGUUGACCUUCAUGUUGCUUCAUGAUACCGUCGUGAAUGUGAUGCUCCGACCUAUUCUCGUCUUUCUGAUAGUGUUCUGUGUGUGUAGUCUACUCGUAGGUCUUGGUAGCAGUUGAGUAGCGUUCGAAACAGCCGCUGUUGACGGCGAAAAUGUGUGCGUUGUGAUUGGACAAACGCUUCUGUGUCGGUGCCGAGACAUUUUCCAAAUGUUCUGGAAGCGCAGGUGUAAGUAUGUCUUUCGUCGUUUCAAGCUGUUCAGCCAACAUGGUAAUCUUUUAAAAAAAAAAAAAAAAAAAUGAUGACAUGCAAAUACUGAAGACACACGAACGAUGUCAUUUUGGAAUGAACACCGCAAUGUUAGAGCGUGUGAGAAAAUAAAAAAUAAUAAUGCAAUCUA